AUUCAUUAUAAACGAAACUCAGAAACUCUAAGGAGAACGGGAGAGAAGGCAAAAAAAACCCCAAAAAAACACUCUGUCCAAAGGUCGUUGCUUUCUGCUUCACUGCGAAGAUGAACGGAGGCCCGUCUGGUUUCACAAAUGCUCCUGUCACAAGGCUUUUCAUCGUGGCUUCGGCUAUUUUCACAAUCUUCUUUGGGAUCCAAGGCCGUUUCGGCACUCUGGGGUUGUCUUAUCAGGAUAUUUUUGGAAAAAUUCGCCUUUGGAAGUUGAUUAUGUCCAUAUUUUCCUUCUCAUCAACGCCAGAGUUGAUGUUUGGACUGUAUCUGCUAUAUUAUUUCAGGGUCUUUGAAAGACAGAUAGGCUCCAAUAAAUACUCAGUCUUUAUCGUGUUCUCAAUAUUAACUUCACUACUGCUUGAGGUCCUUGCUGUAGCACUUUUAAAAGAUCCUACAGCAAACCUAGUCACUCCUGGACCAUAUGGCCUUAUAUUUGCUUCAUUUGUACCUUUUUUCUUUGACAUUCCGGUUUCAACACGGUUUCGUGUUUUUAGCUUCUUCUUCUCAGACAAGUCAUUCAUAUAUCUAGCCGGUGUUCAGCUUCUUUUGUCAUCAUGGAAAAGGUCCAUCUUACCAGGAAUGUGUGGCAUCCUUGCUGGUUCCUUGUACCGUUUGAAUGUCUUUUAUAUCCGUAAAGCAAAGGAUCCUACACUACAGUUCCCAGAGUUUAUCUCGUCAUUCUUCUCACGAAUUACAUUGCCAUCGAUGGGAAGUCCACAUGCAACAUCAUCGUCAUCAACAAGGCAUAGUGUUGGGAAUUUACCUUCCCAUCCAGCUCGGCAAAUGGAGAGAAACUACCCGCCAAUGCAAUCUGCAGUAGAACCAUCGGAGGACUCGAUCAAUACACUUGUCUCGAUGGGCUUUGACAGAAAUAAUGCCAGGCAAGCCCUGGUGCAGGCCAGAAAUGAUGUCAAUGUGGCCACCAACAUUCUAUUGGAGGCACAGUCCCACUAAUUACAUUAAUGUUGCAAGUAAAUGAGAGCCACAUUGUUCUGAAUUGAUUGAUGAUAGAUGAAAUCCUAAUCAUGAAGGAUUGGAAAUUCACUAAUGAUGUGAGGAUGUUUGUGAACUUCAGGCACUCGUAUAUAUAUAUAUAUAUAUUAUCGGUCAUCAUCCUCAAGGACUCCUCCUUUCUCAGGAUCAUUUUUCCCACCUUAACUUGAAUCUUGACAUUUUGAUAGACAAAUGAGUUAGGAUCCUGUACAAAUUACUUCAAUAUAUUGAAAGUAUGCACAUUUAUGAA